AUGACGUCUACAACGUUGAUGACUUUUCUUCUUCGCACUCCCCCAAACGUCAGAACUGUCGAACUCCUAGGAUCAUGGGAUAAUUUUAAUCGCCCUUAUCCUAUGGAACCCGACCGACGUAUCGGUGCCGGCCACUGGCGGGGAUGUCAUACGUUUACGGAUAUUAUCUGCGAUGGAAAUGCCCAGAGCCGGUCUCCUGGACGAAGCGGUGGUCUGAAGAUGGGUGGAACUUAUUGGUAUUAUUAUCGACUGGACGGGGAUAUCGAAUAUUAUAAUGAUGCGGAACCCGUUACUACACACUGUCCUCUUUUGCCUGGUCAACCUGUCAAUGUUCUUCAUGUCCCCAUUAUCUUGCCGGAUACGAAUAGCAUCCGCAAACGCGAUGCCAGCGUCAGCUCCCAGACGUCGGAGCGUCGGACCAUGGAUCCCAAAGACAAGUACAUGAAUCCCAGGACACCACCACGGCCAAAGCUUCCGCGUUUGAAAACUUCCCCUCCUCUGCAGCAACAGCCCGAUUCCUCGUGGUCAUCCUUUAUCAACUUGUCAAUGAGCAGUAAUGAAAACAGAAGCGUCUCUCAACCUGCGGGCUCGGCAUCCAGUCCAAGAUUCCGCCUCGCAACCAAAUUCAAGAUAGCUCGAUCGGUUUCUCCUCCGAGAUCGAGGGGCUUGCGCGCCGCAUUUAUGAAUCUGACCGGCGCUCGCUCACCGGGCGCUGACUCUGACGAGCACCAACGUGGCCGAUCCGUUAGACGUCAGAAUCGGAUGGAUACAGCACUGCCAGACGGUUACCAAGAUGACUUCUGGCUCCGUGUUCCGGCGUCUAAUCCCAGUUCAAACUACGGUUCGAGGGUGGCAUCGCCAGCAGAUAGCCCGAACGAUGGCCUAGGGCCUGGAGAGCUUCCUUUUCGACGACCGGUGUUUGACAAAGAAGAGAAUCAUACGACGCUGUCUAUCCAGAGUGAUCGUGCUUCAAAAUCCAGCAACAGAGACGGUUCACCAUUUAGAAGCUAUCUAACGCUAGAUAGCUCCUCUGGAGAGAGCAACUUUAGCGGUGUAUCUGGCUCCUCAAGGCAUCUCGAGACACUCAAGGAGGCUGCCUCCCAACAAACUACCCCCAUGAUUGUAGUGCGCAAGCCGCACUCCCCUGUGCCUGAUAUGACCACUCCAACUCCUGUUGGCGCUACGGAGAAGAGGCUUCCAACAUUACCAAAUUCUCCUUCUUCUAUCAUGGACGAGGAGCUGCGUGCGUUGGAUGCACAGAAUCAGGCAUUGGAUAUGGAGGUCUUAAAUAGCCACUUCUCCGAUUAUACUUCCACAGCUGGGUCUGAGGCGUACGCCGAUUCGCCGCUGGAGAAAAGCCGAUUUUCAGAAUGGAGUACGGAUACUGAGCUGGUCUCCCCGGUCUCCAUGACAUCCUCUUCUUCCUUCAACAACAACGACCGGACGAGCGAUGCGGUAGCACUGCCUACUGAGUCAAAGUGCGGUUUCCCAGCCUCAUCCGGUGGACCUACAACGCCUACCCUGAGUACCGCCCCUCAAAUUCCUUCACCAUCUGUUUCCCAUUCCCCCAUCCUACCGCCGCCGACUGCCACCCCCAUCACUAUCCAGUUCCCCGAUAAUGAUUUCGGCAUUUCUACACUUUGCAUCGAAGAUUUUGACGAGGUCGUCGAGACGAACCCGAAACGUCACGCUGGAGUGUUUUCCAGUUUGGAAACUUUAACUCCCUUGCCUAUGUCCCCGAGCGACAGGUCUGCGCCGGGCGAGGCUAACUCCCGUCAGAUCAACGGUCUCUUAGAUACACCGAACGCACUUGACGAGAAGGGUACCGGGUCUAAACGCCGCAGUAGUGUCCUUUCUCAGUCAACGAUGAAGGAGCUAGUGGAUGAGCUGGGUUACUUGGGCGACGUGAUCCAGGUAGGCAUGUAA